GGCAACAAUGACGCCCAGUUGAACGCGACGGCUCGGCACUCUUCACGUGCUCAAAAGCGCGUAGCUGUUUGGCAAAGUUUACGCUUGCAGAAAAUUGCGCUGGUGUUAGUGAUCACGUCGAAAUCAGUUAGUGGGUCUUAUCAGUGAAUGCGGCCAUUGCCUUAUCGUUCGUUCGGAUAUCCUCCGACGCUGAAAGUGCAGUGUGCAGCGCGCUGUCUCGAAAUUCAGGUGGAAGGCCAAGCAGAAACGGUCUCGUCGAAUCUUAGGUCUUAACUCAGUGGUGGAGCUCAGGAUUAAGUUCGGUGCGAUGUGACGCAGUCUCGAGUGUUUUGUCUUUCCUUGUUUCUUUUUUCUCAACUUCGGCUAAUUUGCGGCGCGAAAGAUGUGCGAGUGCGGUGACGAGUGCACCGAGGACACAAAGACGCGGGAACACCGAGAUGUUCUGUAAGUGUCAGGUCCGCAGACACACUCGAUUGAUCGACUCUAGAAGGAAGUUCCAGUGAGGGAAAUUCUGGACGAGAUCGAGUCUCAAGCGCCUGAAAUGGCUACCCUCGGCCUCUCCAAAGUCUUCAUACUGGACAAAUAUUUUACAGAGCUGCAGAAGUUCUGGGAGACGGAGAAGAAGCUACAAGAUGCUUCCUCAUCGAACGAAGCGGUGCACCUACAGCAACGCCUACGGAGCCUCAGCACGGAACUGGUGACCCUAAGGAACCGGCUGCACGUGAGCCAACCGGCAAAUGCAUCAGGACCGGCGAGCGGCACCUCCGGGCCCCUGUCAAAGAGCCCGGAAAAAAGCGGCGCACCCUCCUCGCCCGCACCGGCGGUACCUCCGAGGACCACCCUGCCUCCCGGUGGCGGCGUAUCUCACGGGAUCGGUCAUCCCGCGGGUCACACGCUAACAGCUUCCGCAAUUGUUCAUCCGCACGUCAAUCAUGCCGGCACAAAUACGCUCGGUCACAACUCGACCGCAACAAAUAAUUUAAUAUCUGAUCUAGAUCCCUCGAAACGGCACAACGGAGUACCUGACGACGGGAUAGUAUCGUGUGUGACGGCAUUGGGAUGUCUCCGGUCGCCGCCGAUUUCCAGCAUCAUCGCCGACGUGAAGAACGCGAAGAGCAAUCAAGCCCAGCACCGAUGCCUCCCGAAAGCCAGCGCACCUUCCUCCGGCCCUGCGACCUCCACGGCCUUGGACGACCUCAUUCAUCUACCCGGACCUCUCACAGAAGACGCGGUGCUCAAGUGUCUACAAGCUCGCUUCUGCGCCAAGCAAUAUCAUACGAACGUAGGUCCCAUACUGGUCUGCGUAAAUCCAUACACGGACGUUGGGAAUCCGUUGACCUUAACGAGCACCAGGACAGUGCCAUUGACACCCCAGCUGAACAAGGUCGUUCAGGAAGCUGUGAGGCAGCAAUCGGAGACCGGGUAUCCGCAAGCAAUCAUCCUUUCCGGGACGAGCGGUUCCGGAAAAACGUACGCUUCAAUGCUGUUACUUAGGCAACUCUUCGACGUCGCCGGCGGCGGACCGGAAACGGACGCUUUCAAACAUCUAGCGGCAGCCUUCACGGUUCUCAGAUCCUUGGGCUCAGCGAAAACCGCUACGAACUCGGAGAGCUCGAGGAUAGGUCACUUCAUCGAGGUUCAAGUGACGGAUGGUGCUUUGUACAGAACGAAAAUACAUUGUUACUUCUUAGACCAAACGAGAGUGAUCAGACCAUUGUCAGACGAGAAAAACUAUCACAUAUUUUAUCAAAUGUUGGCUGGAUUAUCUCACGACGAGCGAGUCAAAUUGAAUCUGGAGGGGUACAAUCUCAAAAAUUUGAAAUAUCUCCAACAUGGCGACACGCGGCAGGACGAAACUGAGGAUGCCAUUCGGUUUCAAGCAUGGAAAGCUUGUUUAGGUGUUCUCGGUAUUCCGUUUCUGGACGUUGUGAGGGUACUAGCGGCGGUACUCAUCCUCGGAAACGUCGGUUUCACAGACGGUCCAGGCGUGGAAGUAGGUGUGAUUGGUGAGAACGAGUUAUCCUCCGUAGCUGCACUCCUGGGAGUUCCUCCGCCAGCUUUGUUACGAGGACUCACGUCGAGGACUCACAACGCGCGUGGCCAACUCGUUAAAUCUGUCUGCGACGCCAACAUGUCUAACAUGACCAGGGAUUCGCUGGCAAAAGCACUCUAUUGCCGUACCGUAGCCACAAUAGUAAGACGGGCUAACAGCUUGAAGAGACUCGGCUCCACUCUCGGCACCCUCUCGUCGGAUUCCAACGAAUCUGUUCAUAAUCAAGCCGAGGUUACUAGCCAACACGCCUCCACCAUUGGUAGCUCAGCGGGGGGGACAGGAUCUAGAAGCAUGACCGCAUUGAAUAAUGCCGUGCGACAUGCCACAGACGGUUUCAUCGGCAUCCUGGACAUGUUCGGGUUCGAGGACCCUAAGCCGAGCCAGCUGGAGCACCUUUGCAUCAAUCUCUGUGCGGAGACGAUGCAGCACUUCUAUAACACGCACAUAUUCAAAAGCUCCAUUGAGAGUUGCCGUGACGAAGGUAUCCCAUGUGACGUCGAAGUUGACUACGUCGACAACGUGCCAUGUAUUGAUCUCAUUUCUUCUUUGCGCACCGGGUUGCUAAGUAUGUUAGAUGUGGAAGGUUCUAUACACGGGACUGCCGAAAGUUAUGUCGCCAAAGUAAAGGUGCAGCACAAGCAGAAUCCCCGGCUGUUCGAGCCAAGAACAGUCGACUGCAGAUCCUUUGGCAUUCAGCACUUCGCGGGAAGAGUCACUUACGACGCCUCGGAUUUCCUGGACACGAACAAAGACGUUGUCCCCGACGAUCUGGUGGCGGUCUUCUACAAGCACGCUUGCAGUUUCGGCUUCGCCACGCAUUUAUUCGGUAGCGAGCUGAAAGCAUUGUACGCGAGCGACACCGUCCCAAGGGGCGUCAGUUUUCGAAUAUCGCCGACUUCACAUACCGAUCUUACAAACGGGGACGUGCCAAUAUCGACGUUGACGCAGGAUUUUCACACGAGAUUAGAUAAUCUCCUGAGAACUCUGGUCCAUGCCAGACCGCACUUUGUUAGGUGUAUCAGAAGCAAUGGCACCGAGACACCGAUGCAUCUUGACAGAGGUGUCACAAUGCGCCAAAUACGCUCGCUGCAGGUCCUGGAGACAGUGAAUCUCAUGGCAGGAGGAUACCCGCACAGGAUGCGAUUUAAGGCCUUCAACGCGAGAUAUAGGCUAAUCGCGCCCUUCAAGCAGCUGCGCCGCGCCGAGGAACAGGCUGUCGAGGACACGAAAUUGAUUUUGCAGAACGCGCAGCAGCUGAAGAGCAAAUUCGGCGCGAGCACGAGCUGGGCCCUGGGUAAGCGUCAUAUUUUCCUCAGCGAAGGUAUCAGGCAGCAGCUUGAGAACUUACGGGCGGAAACACGAAGAAAAGCCGCCAUAAUAAUACAGGCUACGUGGCGAGGUUGGCGAGUGCGAAGAGGAUGGCCUUUGCGAAGGACAAAUCUAGGGGUGACUUCCGGCAUUGGUCAAAAGAAACCUCAGCAACCAACUACCGGCAACACCGGAACCGUUCAAAGAAAUGUCGCUGCCGGCACGGUAACCGGAACUAACACUCGUCCAAGACCGCAACCAAUCGCUGGCACACCUCCCCCCGACCCUUCGGAGAAAUGCGCAGACCAAAAAAUGAUCCAGCAGACCUGUUCCCUCUUCGGACUAGAUCUGGAGCGGCCGCCACCUGUUCCGCCUAGCAGAUCUUACACCGUGACCGGAAACACAAAGCUUGGUUACCCACAAACCAGGAUUAUGAAAAUGCCUUUCCCAGAAGAAGGCGAAGGCGAGGUGGUCCUUUUGAAAGGAGAGACAGUUUUAGUUGUAGGUGCGUCACCCAGACGAGGCCAUCUUCUCGUAGAACACAACAAUACUACAUUGCAUGUGCCGUAUCAAUUCAUGGAAUUGAAACCUUGUAACAUUAAUGUGUAAUAAUACAGUAAUAUUUAUUCGGCUCCACGCUCUUUUAGGAGAACAGAUUGUAAUAUCGUUUCCCUUAUUUGAUGUUGGAAAAUUUACAUACGGGUGAAGGGGGAGAUCUUCACAAAGACGUUUUGUACAGAAGCUGUCAUAUCAGCAAACUAGCUUUGUUGUUUCUGAAAAAAAAUUUAGAUAUUAAUUUUUAUUUUCCAAACGUAAAAUUUAAAAAACGUAAAAUUUAAAAAAAGCUGCAUUUACAAAUAAAUCGUACGCGCGCGAUUUAAAUCCCAAAACAGUCAGCCCCUUGUGCAUUAACACAAGUUCGAAACAAUAUAAAAAAUAGCUCGAGUGUCUAUUUAUUUAUCAGCUGAUCCAUUUCGAAAUAAAUCAAGGCAGGAGUCAAGAAGCCAUCGGCAAACUGUAGCAAUUUCCAUUGUCAAUUAAUUUAGCGAGGAGGUAGUCUAGUAAUUUUUUCUCGUAAGAAAAAUAAGUUUGAUCCGCGCGGUUAGCUGAUGAAACAACAAAGUUGAGCGCUUUCUGGAGCAGUCUGUAGAACUCGACGAUGCUGUACUCUUUCCGCACGAAGUUGCUUGGUCUCGAUCAUCUCUGUGUCGUCUCCCGUCAGCCAAUUAAUUGCCAUAAGACCGUCCCGGAGUACGCUGGCAAAAGUUAGGGUAGGUGAUUAGUAUUAAGAGAGCGCCAGCGGCAUCACUCGCGGUGGAGUCAGCUCUAAAGGACAGUGAACUUCGUCCUCUAAUUAAUUACACCUCCCGUUAAGCGAGCUUAACGCGGAAGUCACCGCAGCCGUGCUUAUCGCUCGUUUCAGACACGGCAUACUGACUCACCCUAAGCUACGUUCGUCUUCCAUGUAGAUAAGAUGCCUGCGAAGAAGUCUAGAGUGCCUGGCAGAAAGAGUGUAAGUCAAAAAUUCGACAGCGGUAGCUUAAAGUUAAGCGAAAUGGUCAACGAUCGCCAGUUGAUCGCGAUACGAUGUAUAAAUAACGUGUACAGCUUUUUCAUGUUAGAUGAAUUUACCGAACGGUAAUUUGACGUUUUUGAUGCAUCGUAUUGUGUCUGAGAGCUGACGAUCGGUUUCUCAAUUUCUUUUUUCCGAUAUAGAUUGAUCCAACUGGUCCGUCCAGCGGUAUCUCUAACAAUAUCUCUAACAAUAUCUCAGACUAUCGGUUUAACGCGAACGUAUUUUUCCUGUCUUGCUGAGAACGAAUCCGUUGAAAAAUUUAAAAGCUCAGAAUUCGCGAUUUACAUUUCUCUUAUCGUGUACUCUAGAAGUGUUUUGAAAAUAGCGGACAUCGAUAUGUGCAUUCGAAGCAGGUUACGGAUUACGUGUAACUUACGUUAUAUAGAAUAGUGUAACGCACGGCAUGGUAGAAGAUGGUAUUACUAUAAUACUUCGUACCAACAGUAUUCGCUCGCGUUCAUCUUGAAUUCUUAGUGCCAAUUAGAGAAUGUUGUCACAAUAAUAUAUCUGUACUAUAAGAUUUACGCUAGUUCGUAAGUAAGCAUGUAGUAGUGGUACUGGACGUCACUGUCAUCGUAGAGAAAUCUCCGCUUUGUAGAUACACGGCACUCGUUCGCUCGUCGAUCCUAAGAAUCCCGAAGUCCGAAGGAUAAGUCCAAAAUUUACGUCGAAUACUUUAAUCUAGAUCUCUCGAGAAGCGCGCGAGAGCUGUAUAUACGUAAAGGUCCAACCGCGUGAAGCGUGGUUCCAGAUACCAGAGCAAUAUAAUGCACAUAUAUAUGUAUAUAUAUAUAUAUGUGUGUGUGUGUGUGUGUGUGUAUGUAUAUAUAUAUAUAUAUAUAUAUAUAUGUAUAUAAAUAUUUGACAACUGUAAGCGUCGACAAAUGUAAGGAUCAAGUAUACGUACCUUUGUGACAAAAGGGCAAUUAUCGCUGCUUGUCAUUGAAUGUUCCUUUCUCUUCUGAUUUUCCCUCGCCGUUAUCCUUCGAUUAAAAUAAACGUCCCCAUCCGUCAACAUCUUGUACAUUUUUAC